AGCUAAAGAGCAAGAGGAAGGCUGCGUUGGAGCCAGGACCGGCUGAGCAUCACAAGCGCAGCCCACCAAUCGCAGGGCCCUGGAGGUGGAGCGUGAGUGCCAGCAAAUAAUUCCUAAAUGCAUUUCCAGCCCAGUUGGUCUCGGCUGCUGGAAGAUCUGGAUGCAGGGAGGGAAAGCCAGGCAGGCUGACACCCCACGACAGACGGACAGACGACGAAGGAGAGCGAGUCCCCAGCAUCCAUCCGCUGAGCAUCCCUAUAGCCCAUCUUCCCUGGGCUGCUGCCUUGGGCAGGUUCUGUUGCAUUUCCUCCCAGCGAAAGAUGAAGUCAUCGGAUAUUGACCAAGACCUGUUCACGGAAAGUUACUGCAAAGUGUGCAGCGCUCAGCUCAUAUCGGAAUCUCAACGUGUGGCUCAUUACGAGAGUCGGAAACAUGCGAGCAAAGUGCGGCUUUACUACAUGCUCCAUCCGUUAGACGGAGGCUGUCCGGCAAAGAAGCUGCGGUCAGAAAAUGGAAAUGAAGACGACCCGGUGGAUAAGAACAAAUGCUGUACGCUCUGCAAUAUGUCUUUCACUUCGGCCGUCGUGGCUGAGUCACACUAUCAAGGGAAAAUCCACGCCAAAAGAUUAAAACUGUUGCUUGGCGAGCAGCCAUCCAUAAAGACCACAGAGACCAACCUGAGCAACCUAAAGCAGCCCCACGUGGACAACUCGCCGGUGGUAUCUCCGCCCCACCAGAGAAGAGACUCCGACAGGUACUGCCAGCUUUGCGCGGCGUGGUUUAACAACCCCAUGAUGGCGCAGCAACACUACGACGGCAAAAAACACAAAAAGAACGCAGCCCGGGCUGAUUUGCUAGAGCAACUAGGGAAGACGCUGGACCUAGGAGAGUUGAGAGGCCUGAAGCGGAGCUAUACCUGCAACAUCUGCAACGUCACUCUAAACUCAAUAGAACAGUAUCACGCACACCUGAAGGGCUCCAAACAUCAGACCAACCUGAAGAAUCAGUAGAGGACGAAUGCCCGGAAGUGGGACCGGACUCCGGCUCUUUCUUCCAGAAAGAAGGAUUCUUUGCCUGGGACUUGGGAUGCUUUCUUGGACAAUGAGCACUUCCGACGUGGCACCAUUAAUGUAUAGCUAACCUUUGCUUUGGACAAUGAAUGGAGUUUACUUUUAUUUUUCUUUCGUGGUGUGUAACACGAUUCAGGUGGAUUUUUUUACCCUUCGGAGAUAGAGUCUAUAUAUUCGACAUGAGAUCCAGAGUAUCUUUAACAGACAAACAAACAAACAUGUAAGAUAUAUCAGCCGUCUUUGGAGACCAUUGGAAUACAAUAUUUUUCUUUCUUUCUUCUCAUUUUUUUUUCAUAUUUAUUCUUAGAUUUCUUCAGAGAGUAUAUGAUCCUAUUAAAUUAUCCAUGAUUGUGAUGUAAGUAAACAGUCUUAAGCAAGAAAUAAACAUGAUAUCUUCACCAUAA